AUGAUAAAGUAUUGCUACGGCUGUGCGACUAGAAAAGAAAUUCCUAACGGACAAGAAUUAUGCCGUCCUUGCCAAGCAGCCCAAAACACAAUUCAAGAACUACGAGAAGAAAUCCGAAUUCUACUCCAAGACCCAAAUGUCGAAACUCUUUUAAACCAACAACGAGAAAAAUUGAGGAAAUUAGAAAAAGAAAACAAACUACUUGAGGAAGAUUUACAGCAAUGGACAACAAAAAUAAGGGAAGAAGACGCCGCCGAGGUUGCUGAACUGAAAAUCCAAAUCCGUAAUCGCGAACAAGCCCUCGAGCAAGAAAAAAAUAAAGUCCAAGGGUUAGAACAGAAACUCCAAAGUGAUGAAAAAACCCAACUCGAUACUAGCCAACAAACCCAUGCCCAAACUCUCCAAGCUAAACAAAGGGAAAUCCAACAAAUCGAAUUAAACCUCACCCAAAAAACUAACGAAUUAACCCAAGCCCAAACCAAUCUCGCCCAAAAAACCACUGAACUCACCCAAGAACUAACCAAAAACCAACAAUUACAACAAAACCUGACCGAACUCCAAAAAACUUUAACUGUCAGCCAAACCUCUACAGCUAACUUACGUCAAGAAAUGGAAGAGUUAAAAAAAGUUAGCGUUAGCAAAAAAGAACUGGAAACCGAGCAAAAAAGGCUCCAAAUAAGCAAAGAAGUCUUACAAAAGCAAAUUACCGAGAACCGCAAGCAGGAGCAAACUAUUGAGGAUUUAGAGAAGAAUUUAGCAAAGAGUGAAGAAGUUUUAAAGGAAACUAGCGAACAAUUAGCCCAAGCCCAGCAAGAAAGCACUGAAUUAGCCCAGCAAAAGGAACAGCUCCAAAAAGAUUUAACCAAAUCUCUCCAGCAAUUAGCCCAAAUCCAAGAGACCCAACCCUUAUUAGAGCAAAAGAUUGUUGACCUAGAGCAAUCCCUACUCUCCUUAGCCAAACAAAAACUGAAAGGCAAAAAAGAAGCCCAAGAACUCCUCACCCAAUUAGAAACCAAUUGCCAAACUCACCAAGAAACUUUAACUAGAAAAAGCAAAGAAUUAAGUAAAUUAAGGAUAGAAGUAGUUGAAUUAGAAAACCAAGCUAGCCAACAAAUCGAAACUUAUUCCGCCAAAGCCAAAGAAACUGCUUGGAAGCCGGUAGACUAUUACCGCAAACAGGAGGCUUUUUAUCGAGUUAGCCCAAGCCCAAAGAGAUUUACUUUCCCGCCGAAAGAAGAACUAGAAAGAGUUCGUAAAAGAAUUGCUCGUCCUGGUUAUCGCCGAGUGAAUAUUGGUCUAUUACCUAACGCCACUGAAUCCGAUAAAGUUAAGUAUCACCUUUGCCUCAAUAUCUCUCGUUAUCAAGACGAAAAUGACCUCUCUGAAAAAGAAUUAGCCCAAAGAUUAGGCGUUAAUAAAGCAAAAACAGAGUAUAUCUUAUUUCGCCAUUUAGAUAAGUUAACUCUAGAAGAACUAAUAAACUACCUCGAAGAAUUACAUCUACCGCAAAAGCCUACUAAUUUAAGAGAUUAUUCUUGCGAUAUAACAAUCGACGAACAACAUUUCACUAAACUCGAAAUCAGUCCGGAUUAUGAAGAAAAGAAUAAAGAAUUUAAACAAGGGUUAGCCAAACAAGGAAUUAAACUAACUAAGGCGGAAUUAGCCAAAGUAUUGAUAACUGAUGAUCUGAUUAGAGAACUGGUUCAUCAAUUAGACGGCAAAAGCAAAGAAGAAGUAAAAUAUGAGGGAGAUUAUUACCAAUAUUCUUAUUACACUUAUGAGCCAGUUUUUAAUCAGUGGGGUUAUUCUUACCGAUUAGUUUGGUGUUGUGAUGAUAAUAAUCCUAAAAUUUUAGGCAUUAUUGAUUGCUAUUGA